UGGACUUCUGAAACGAAAUCUAUCCACACGUCUCUUCCUCUAAAAGCUCUUCCAAACCUCAUACAACUCCCCACAUAACUUCACUGAACUAUGCUCGUUCUCAGACCAUGCAAACACUACCUCCAAAUGCCUCCACUGCUCAACUCUUCAAGCUUUCUGAGACCAAUUCCAUCUUUCUAUCAAGGAAAGAAGGUUAAGAGCAGGAAGCUUGUGGUGAAGGGCUGCCAAGGAGAGGAAAAGAAGAGCCAGAAGAGAAGCUUUCUCAGCCUAGAGGAAGCUGGCCUGGUUGAGAUCUCUGGCCUUAGCACUCACGAGCGCUUCUUAUGUCGAUUAACGAUAUCAUCAUUGAAUCUUUUGAGAGUAAUAUCUGAGCAGGAAGGGGUCCCCAUUGAGGAGCUUAAUGCUGGUCGAAUUUGUGAUUGGUAUUUGAAAGAUAAGCUCAAGAGAGAACAGGAUGCCGAAUCUGCAGUCCUCCAAUGGGAUGAUUCUGACUUUUAAUGUAUGUAAUUUAUUUUCUCUCAAAAGUCCAAAUGUCAGCAAUUGGUUACUCAAAUAUAUAAUUAAUGCAGGCGCUCGUAACAAAGAACAAAAUGGAGUUAUACAUAACUCCCCAAACACUCUCAUUUCUUUUGUUAUUUCAUUGUUCAUCUUUAAUAGCAAAAAGUGUUGUUGCUCCGAUUGGUAAAAAUUCGGAUCAUCUUUUGGAACGU